AUGGGUAGGAAAAAUAAAUCUUCGACAACGGAGGGAGAUGACAUUGGGAUGGAUAAUGAUGGGCCAUUCUGUGAAACAAGCCUUUACGAGGUUAUUGGAGUUGAGAGAACAGCUUCUUCACAGGAGAUAAGGAGAGCAUAUCACAAAUUGGCAUUGCGGCUUCACCCGGAUAAAAAUCCGGACGAUGAGGAAGCUAAAGAGAAAUUCCAGCAGCUGCAGAAAGUCAUGUCGAUUUUAGGGGAUGAAGAGAAAAGAGCAGUCUAUGAUCAAACCGGCUCAAUUGAUGAUGAUGAACUUUCUGGUGAUGCGUUUGAGAACUUGCGGGAAUUCUUCCAGGCACUGUACAAGAAGGUCACCGAAGCAGAUAUUGAAGACUUUGAGGCAAACUACAGGGGAUCUGAGUCAGAGAAGAAAGACUUAAUUGAGAUGUUCAACAAGUUUAAGGGUAAAAUGAACAGGCUAUUCUGCUCAAUGCUUUGCUCUGACCCCAAGCUUGAUUCACACCGUUUCAAAGACAUCCUUGAUGAGGCCAUUGCAGCAGGAGAAGUGAAAUCAAGCAAAGCAUAUGAGAAGUGGGCAAAGAAAAUUUCAGAAUCGAAGCCGCCUCUCAAUCCGUCCAGGAAGAAGAAACAGAAGUCUGCAAAAGAUUCAGAGACAGAUCUUGCCACGUUGAUUAUGCAGCGGAGAGAUGAGAGGAAAGGAAAAGUGGAUUCAAUGUUUUCAUCACUCAUCUCUAGGUAUGGUGGUAAUGCGGAUCCAGAGCCCAGUGAGGAAGAAUUUGAAGCUGCCAAGAGAAGGAUUGAAAACCGUAGACCAUCCAAGAAGUCCAGAGGGAACAUUCAUGGCCGUCUCCACCUACAUUCACCUCCAGAUUCCGACAUCAAGACACCAAGCAGACCCAUUACUCAUCAUCUCUCCUUAAACGCCUCCAACGGUCUAAGCAGAUCCAACUUCAAAGCAAUCGCAACUCUCCUUCACAUCUCCCCGGAGAUCUUCCUCUCUUCUUCUCCCAACACAACCCUCUUUGCCAUCGACGACGCUGCCUUGUUCAAUACGUCAUCGCUUCCUCUGUUUCUCAAACAGAUUAUUCAGUAUCACACAGUCCCUCUAAGGCUUCCGAUGAAAGACCUUCUCAAGAAGUCUCAAGGAACCUGUCUCCCCAACCUUUUCCGUCACAAGAGCGUCAAAAUCUACACCGUCGAUGAAGAAACAAGAACAGCAGAAGUGAAUCAUGUCCCGACAUGUUUUUUGGAGAUUCUUUGGAUAUUCACGGAGUUCUUGGACCUUUCUCUCCUCUGCAACCUCACUACAUCCUCCAAUCAUCAUUAUCUCAUUCUGAUACAAACAAAACCAUUGAAGAAGAAGAAGAACAAGUCCCCGGUUAAUCACUAG